AUGAGUCCCGAAGAUGAAGCAACUGCUCUUUCAAUGGAAGACAUCUCAACAUCCGAACCAUUUGAUCCAAAACUAUUCGAAGAAAUAGAGGCUGCUGAGGAAACAGAAUCAAAUCGUCUCAGGUCAGCUCAAUCAUUAAUUGCACUACAUAGUCCCUUUACAACCUCAGAGCCGAUCAUUUUGGAAAUCCCACCUGUAGUCCCUAUUUUUUCGUCUUCGACUACAGAGGAAGCGCUUACAUCCUCUACCUCAGCGAUCACGGCAACAUCGCUGGAUUCGACGACAAUGAAGUCCUCACCGUCAUCGUCUACGCAAACAACUUUAGCAGCGGCUACGACUGCGGACCCAGCAAUCGAGAUAAUGUCACUGAACGAGACAGAUGUCACUGAAGUAUCACAACGAUUAUUCAAGAAGUAUUCACCAUCAAAAGAGGUUGAACUGAGAGAUGAUGACCUCAGAUUCCUCAACUCUCAUGUGCAGCUCCUUCAACAUGAUUUCAUCGAUGAGGACAUGGAUCCGGAGGAAACUUGCAGGCAAGCGAAUCCAUGCGAAAAUGGAGGCACAUGUAUGGUGAAGGAGAAGAAGGUGCACUGUGAGUGCGUCGCUGGUUUCAUUGGAGAGCAUUGUGAAGAGGUGGACAGAUGUCUAAAUCAUGCCUGUGCUAAUAAUUCGACUUGUAAAAAUGGACCCGGUGGGAUUUAUAUAUGUGAAUGCAAGGAGAACACGGUCGGAACGUAUUGCCAGUUUAUUUGUGCUGAGGAUCAAUGUUCUGGAAAUGGUACGUGCAUUAUGAGAGAAGAUGGGAAGGUCGGUUGUAAAUGUAACGUUGGAAUGACCGGUGUUCAUUGUGAAAAAGAAAUUGACGAAUGCCGUCUAAAUAAAUGUCAAAAUGCUGUGGAAUGCAUCGAUAAAUUUGACGACUACGAAUGCGUAUGCGAGAGAGGAUGGAUUGGAAAAGAUUGUGACCGACCCUGCCAAGAUGUCUACGGAUCCUGUCGAACAUGGAAACGAGAAGGUCAAUGUGAGAUUCCACGCGAAUCAACGGAUUUCUUCGAAGUAAACUGUCCUGUGUCAUGCGAAAAAUGUGUUCCCUCGAAUGAUACAAGCUCAGAGCAACGAGUGGAUCGCCUACCAGCGGUACUCCUACCAUUAUCGUGGAUAAUAGGUGUAUGGCAAACGGAAAUCAAAGGUUUCAAUGGAAGAGCGUUCGAUUUCCCACUUGAUUUCAAUUCAUCAGGAUAUAAUGAAACAAUAACGUUCACAGUCGCUAAACCAGUUCUGUUCGGGACUCCAAGUAUAAAUUUCACAUGUGAGGCAGUGAAUAAGGAUGAUCCUACCGAUCUUCACAUACAGAAUGGAUUUCUUACGAUUCGACAGUAUCCGCCAGUUGGCGAGCAAUCAAUGAAAGUGGCUCUUACCACUGUUAGCAAUCAAGGAGCUAAUAUAAUCGAAGAAGGCCCAUUGACUAAAACAGAAAGAACGAGCGGACCGAUUCUUAAUUUGACUCCCAUCUAUUUUAACAUACGAAAAGAUCUCCAGCAUAUCAUCUCGAAAAGGGUUUCUCGAUCAUUCGUGAAAAAAGGCAAUCGACUCAUUCAAACAAUCACAAAGGAAGUGAAAGGAAGAAAAAUAAAAUUCAAAAAACUCUAUAAUCGAAUUCGUGAAUUUGAAUUCUUCUGA